ACUGUAGAAUUAUUUUCACAGGAUUUCAAACCUAUCAGCCGGUUGGGAAACUACAACUGUCACCAAACUCCGGUAAGAAGACUUAUUUACCGGAGGUAGAUGAAUCGCUUAAGCCGAGGGAUAAGAUGACCUUUGACACAGUGAACAACGCAUUCCUCUUUUAUCAGAAGUAUGCAAUGGCUUCAGGCUUCACUGCCAGGAAGUCUUCUCAAUACACACAUCAUGGUGUUAUAAAAUCUAAAUGGUUUGUUUGCUCCAAGGAGGGGACUAAACCUUUUAAGGCGAUCGAUACAUCUAAAAAGAUUGACACCUCAAAUAAUGGGUCAAAGAGGAAAUCUGUUCGACGUGUUCCUUCUAUAAGGACUGGGUGCAAAGCACGUAUGUGUAUAAAGUUAAUGCCUUCGAAUCUAUACGAGGUAUCUUCUUUUAAUGAGGCACAUAAUCAUUUUUUUGUUGAUGAGGAAGAUAGGCAUCUACUCCCCUCUAACCGAGGUAUGAACUAUAUGCAAGAGCAAGCCGUUAACGCGUUGAGUGCCUUGAACAUUGGCCCUGUGAAAGCGUUUAAUAUCAUGAGGACAUUGUAUGGUGGGUUUGACAAGGUUGGGGCAACCAAAAACGAUUUUAAAAAUUUCAAGCGAGACCUGAACAGGUAUAUAUCGGAGUUUGAUGCUGAUAUGAUGAUUAAACGGCUUUUGAGGAAGAAAGAGUACAUGCCUAACUUUUCAAUGGAGUAUAUAACAUACGAGAAUGGAGUUUUAAGGGGUUUGUUUUGGGCAGAUGAAGAUGCCAAAAGGAAUUUUUCUGUGUUUGGUGAUGUUGUUUCAUUUGAUGCCACAUAUCGUCGUAACAAGUACAACAUGAUGUUUGUUCCAUUUACCGGCAUCGACAAUCACAAUCGCAAUGUUACUCUUGGUGCCGCUAUAAUAGGAAACGAAACUGCUGAAACUUACAGUUGGUUGCUAAAUGUGUUUCGUCAAGCAUUUGGCCGUGCCCCUCCGGUGAUUGUCACCGACCAAGACCCAUCCAUGAAGAAGGCUAUUGAAGAUACAUGGCCCGAGAGUAGACAUAGGCUAUACAUGUGGCACAUCAUGGACAAGCUUUCUGCUAAGGUGUUAAAGUGUGCAAGACGCGAGUUUUAGGAGGCACGGAUGGAUACUAGAAGUUGGCAUAGUCAAGAUGUGAGGGACUCAAGGGAAAUGAAGGAAACAAGAGCAAAAGGCUACUCAGCUCCGUAACCUACGGCCACUGCCGUAGGCUACGGCACCUUGACAAGUGCUAAACUCAUCGCCGUAAGACAGGAAAGCAGGGCCGUAAAGAUAGCUGGUCGCCGUAAGCUACGGUGAUGAGCCGUAGCGUACGGCGCUAUGUUGAGUCCCGGGAUGAUACUGACCGCCGUAAGCUACGGCAGGCGGCGUAGCUUACGGCGCCGACUGAUCCAACAUUGUAACUCCCGCAUUGAUUGGUCAUUUUAUGGAGCAUUAUGGAGUUCAAUGAUGUGCUUUUCGGUUACCACUUGGAAGAAACGAAUUUGGGGACUAUAUUUAGGGAGUUGGAGUGAAAGAACACUAUCUUAUCAUCUAUCCUUGAUCACCUAUCAAACAAUCUUUAGCUUUUUCAUUAGUUUUUGUUGGUGGAACUUGUGAACACUGUUUUCUUUCUAUUUUGUCAUGAUGUUAGCUAAAGCCAUGAGUGGCUAGGUACUUUGAUGAUUAUCUUGUGGUGAAGGUUUGUGUUAGACUUUUGUGUUCUUAUCUACAUUUCUAGAAUAACAAUUCAUUUUCAUUUGAA